AUGAUCUCCCCCAGCACGAUAACAGAUGCCGUGCCUGUGGCGCUCAUUGUUGAUGGUAAUGGCACUGAUGACCUCCCUGCGGCCCCCAUCACUGACGGUACUGGCGAUCUUACUAGCAGGAUAGAUGACCUCCCUGCGGCCCCCAUCGCUGACGAUACUGGGGGUAAUGGCACUGAUAGUCUCAUUGAGCUCUUGGCCCAAAUGAAUAUCACUGGGCAGGAGGCGUCUGAUGUGACGUCCAAGAUCCAUGAUGCGGUCCAGAAUGCGCUGGUCGCCGCCGUUUCUGCUAUCAGUGCUGUUAAGACUACUUCAGCAUCAGCUCCACUCAUCCCAGCGUUGACUCCUGUUGUGACCUACAAUGUGCCAGCGGCUGAUGCUACAGGACCCUUCUACUGGGUGACUCGUGGCCGCUGUAUUGGCAUAUUUUCUACUUGGCAGCAGACCUCGUCCCAUGUCAUUGGCGUGAGCAGGGCCUCUUUUUCGAAGGUCCGCUCAGUAGCCGAAGGCAUUCAGCUGAUGGAAGAGGCCAUUGACCGCGGCGAAACGGAGGUGUUGACGUAA